AGAGAGACGUACGGUGAAAACAGCACCACCGUACCGCAUGCAUAUGCAUCCAUGGCUUUCAUCAGUGCAGUGCAUUGGUGGCAGGAGUGGCAGAUGCGCGUUCUGGUGCUCGGCAGCCUCUUCGUCUACUUGAGCCUCUACUUUGCCGACACGGUGCGCAAAUCCCCUAGCCUGGGCAAGUUGAGGUUCCUGGUGUGGCUGGCAUACGUCGGCGGGGAUGCCCUGGCGAUCUAUUCCCUGGCUACUCUGUUCAACCGGCAGCGGCAGCGCACGGCGUGUGGGAGCCGAGGCAGCAGCGACCUGGAGGUGAUCUGGGCCCCAGUCCUGCUCAUCCACCUCGGCGGUCAGCCGACGAUGACUGCCUACAGCCUGGAGGACAACGAGCUGUGGAAGCGGCACGCCAUGACCCUGGUCUCCCAGGUCUCGGUUGCCCUCUACGUCUUCUGCAACUGGUGGUCCGGCGAGCGGCAGCUGCUGAACGCCGCCGUGCUGCUCUUCGUCGUCGGCAUCGUCAAGUUCAGCUACAAGCCUUGGGCCCUCAAGCGUGCUAGCUUCACCAGCAUGCUGGCCUCCUCGGCUGUGUCGUUAGCGCGUGACAAGAGGAGGGAGAGUCUCAUUGGUAUGCUGUGGAGGCUCUUCACUACCUAUUUUGUGGACCUGAAUCCAUAUUUCCUGGACAGCAUUCCUCCUGUCAUUCGGGUUGGGCGCAAGCGCAAGACCACAAGACACACGGCGCAAGCACCAGGCGAAAUAAAGGUCGAACAGAUGGAAGGAGAAAUCUUAGAAGAUGGCCAAGAAGCUCAAGAAAUUGAUGUACAAGGGGAGGUCACCACUCUUGGAGGAUUCGUAGCACUAGCAAGGCGGUGCUACAAGGAGACACGGAACAGGACCAGCUUCACGGAGGGACUUGUGUUCGCACCAGUGUCCUUGCUUUACAAGAUGUUUGUGGACCUGUCAGAUCCAUACACUAAUCGGCUUAAGGAGCUCAAGUUUUUCCUUGGGUUCAGGGCCAGCGACUCAUACAAGAUGAUCCAGCAGUGCCUCUUCAACACAUUUGUGAUCGUCUACACAAGGAGGCGGGUAACCCUCACUUUACUUGGCGCCUUCCUGCAGGCGUCGCUCCCGUUCCUGACGCUGACUUCGGUGGUCAUCUUCCUCAAGAGCCACAAGGGUGGCUACGACGUGAACGAUGUCUGGGUUACCUACAUCCUCUUUGGUGUCACUGCUCUGCACGAGUUUUUACCCUUCGUGCCUCACUUUCACGCCACAUGGCACGAGGUGGUUUUCCAGGUCAGCCUCUUGUCAUUCUGUUGUCGCCAGGAGAAGCCCACCAAGCUAAUGCGGCUAGCUGCCAUUGGCAUGCAAAAGGAGAACGUCAACAAGCACUGGUACGUCAAACAGAAACCUGAAGCCAGAAGGAUCACUGAGCUUGUGCGCCAGCACGUCAAGGAUGGGUGGCAAAGUUACAUUAAAGGACCAAUAUCAUACAGGAGGUUCAAUAAUCUCAGGGGCCAGUGGGCACUCGAGAGGCACAAGAAGGAGCAGCAGCUGACCCGAGGCAGCAGCAAUGGCGGCGUGGAUUGGAGUGUCUUAGAGUCGAGCUUGAGGAUGCCGUUCGACGAAAGCGUGCUCAUCUGGCAUGUGGCCACGGAUCUCUGCUACUACAAGACUCUAGAUCAAGAUCAGGAGGCCCCCCAAAACACCGGAGACUACUUGGGAGAGACUACUCAAGACACGGUUUAUUUGGCAAGGGUGAUAUCCGAGUACAUGGCCUACCUGCUCUUCAUCCGUUCUGAGAUGCUGCUGCCUGGUGCCAGGGCAGGUCUCUUCAACCUUGUCAGCGACGACAUCACGGCCAUGUUGUCGAAUGACAAGGCAGCGAGGAGGCAGCGGCGGCGAGGCUUGGAGGCGACUGCUCGCCGGGUUGUUAGACUCAUGUGGUCGCCCGACCCGGACGAAAUUUUUGAGGUGAGCGACCUGGUUUUGCAAAUGAAAAACAUCACUGACCAGCUCGAGAACCUUGGUAACGAGAGAUGGAAGGUGGUCUUGGGUGUGUGGGUGGAGAUGCUCUGCUUUUCCGCCGCCCGGUGCUCAGGCUACCUGCACGCCAGGAGCCUGGGUGAUGGUGGGGAGUUCCUCUCCUACAUCUGGCUGCUUUGGUCAGCCAUGGGGAUGGAGACAUUGGCCGAUAAGAUCAGCAAGCCCGAGCCUCCGGGGGAAGACGAAGUAAAACAAGAAGAACAAGAAGAACAAGGAAAUAAUUAGACCACACAACUGUGGACAUUCCUUGGUAAUUGCGAAAAAUCUGACAGUGUCAUAUUCCUGGAUUGCUUUGUUCAUUUUAUUUCCUUGCAUUCCUUUGAAUUGUACUUGGUGUGCUGAUUGAGUCUAUGCCUUUUCAUUUGUUCAUGCCUUCAUGAUGAGUGUAGUGUGUGCCGCCCUUGUAAGUGUGUUGGAAUAAUAAUCUGGUAGCGUUCAGUACGUGUGCUAGCACACACGGCUCCAGCUGUCCAGGACAUGUAUUUGGUUUGCUUGUUUGAUGUUACAAUUACAUGAGUUGUCGUCGAUGCUGAAUUGUAUUGUAAGUGU